AUGCAAGACCUCAACACAAACAUGCAACGCAAGACCAUCGACACAGCACAACAGCUCUAUGGAUGGGUAUCAGCGCGCGCAGUAAGAAAAUCGCAGGCUUAUAGUACCAAAACAAAGCGAGUGGAUGACGACCAAGGCGUCAUAAUCCGGCCGCCUUCGAGUCAGGGCUCAAGUACUGCUUGA